AUGCAAAAGUACAAACUAUUCAGAGAAUCACAGAACCCCAUAACUAGAAGAUGGCAAACCUCGGCAACGGCCGAUGACGACUCUACACCCUUCCUUCGCGAAUCUCCCAUCUCCGACAUUCGGACAUUCGGCGCCCUCCUUAUCUUGAUUAUUUCGACAAUUUCUACAAUUUCCCGCAUGCCACCAUUUCUCCCCCGCAAGCGUGUUUCCUCCGAGGACCCGCCCCCGGCCAAGCGCCAGGCCCGGCCCGAUGCCCAAGCUCCAGCUCCAGCUCCCGCGCCAGCUCCGUUCCACCUCUCCGAUUCCGAGUCCGAUUCUAACUCAUCUUUGAGCGACGCACCCGAUGGACUUCUCGACAAGGACAAUGCAGCUAAGGCGUCUGAGUCUGAAGAUGAAGAGGAGGAUGACGUCGACUGGGAGGAUGCAAUGGAUACCAAAACUAGCGCAACGCCAACAGUUUCAGCCCCGGAACUCCAAGAUCUAGAAUUGACGCUAGAUCAGAAUGAAACGCACGUUUCUGAUGUCCUGGAUGGAAAAAAAGGGCCCAGCAAAAUCGAACGUCAAAUCCGGAUUCAGACACAUUGUAUGCAUGUUCAAUGCUUGCUUUUCCAUAAUGCCAUUCGUAACGCCUGGAGCAAUGAUGCCCAGACUCAUGAUAUCCUACGGAAAAAGCUACCCGAAGGAAUCCACAAAGAAGUCAAAAAAUGGCGGAUCGCCUCUGGCCUGGAACUUCCAGAGCCCAAACCAGAGCCACCCAAGAGUAAAAAGAAAGGCAAAAAGGCCCAGAGGAAUAAGGAUUGGAGCGCCGAUUCAGAGCGCCUUGAGCCGGGCAAACCGGAUAUGAGUCGUGGUGAUCCAAUCAUUACUCUAAUCAAAGUGCUUGUUGCCUACUGGAGAAAGCAGUUCCGCAUCACGGCGCCUGGGUUGCGAAAGUACGGCUAUAGGCCAGUCUCUGCCCUUGAAACUGCAAUUACUGACUUCCGUGAGGAGCCACAUGAUCCACAGCGCCAUGGUGAGCGUAUCGCUAGUCUGGAGGAGUUCCGCGCAACCGCCGACGCUAUGCAGGGCUCGCGGGAUGUCGGUGCGCAGCUCUUCACGGCCCUUGUUCGGGCCCUAGGCAUCGAGGCUAGACUUGUUGCUAGUCUCCAACCACUAGGCUUUGGUUGGACCAAGGGAGAGACCUACACACCCUCUAAGGCAGAAUCAGAUAAAAAGGAGCCCAACACUGAAAUGGAUUCUGAAACGUCCGAGCCGGAGACUGAUGCAGCGGAUAGCAAGCUGCCAGUGAAGAAUACAAAAAAACAGUUUGAUAAGGAUCUGCCAUUCCCAAUCUAUUGGACUGAAGUUGCGUCACCCGUUACAAACGAGAUCAUUUCUGUUGAUCCGCUUGUGCUUUCCAAUCCCGUGGCGCCAUUUGCGAACACAGAUCUACAAGCAAACUUCGAGCCACGAGGUGCAAAGGCAGAUCGAGCAAAACAAGUCAUUUGCUAUGUCGUUGCUCAUUCAGCAGAUGGUACUGCAAAAGAAGUAACAACAAGAUAUCUGAAACGGCGAACCUGGCCCGGCAAAACGAAGGGAUUCCGGAUCCCCCUGGAAAAAGUUCCUAUCGGCCCAAAGGGCCAUUACAUCGCAUUUGACUGGUUUGGUAUGGUGAUGCGUGGCUAUCAGCGAGCCCGAAAGAGCAAAACAGCCGUCGACAAGCUCGAGGAAGCCCGAGAUCUCCUACCCAAUCAACCAGAAAAGAAGAAAACCACCUCAGCGAACGACACACUCCAAAGCCUACGCACAUCAACUGAAUUUGUUUUAGAGCGCUUCCUCCGCCGCGAAGAAGCCCUUCGCCCGGGUGCCGAAUCUGUGCGAACCUUCACAGCAGGCAAAGGCGCCCGCGCCAAAGAAGAACCCGUCUUUCGACGCGAAGACGUGCUGAAAUGCCUUUCCGCUGAAAGCUGGCACAAAGAAGGUCGUCAGACUGUGCCAGGCGCCAUACCACUGAAGCAUGUUCCCAUUCGUGCUGUUACACUCAUGCGCAAACGUGAAGUCGACGAGAUGCAGCGCCAGACUGGCGAGAAACCCCUCCAAGGCCUUUAUUCCCGUGACCAGACGGAAUAUAUAAUCCCGCCGCCUAUCCAAAAUGGUCGAAUUCCGAAAAACGAGUACGGUAACAUCGACUGUUUCGUCCCUAGUAUGGUUCCGGCUGGUGCUACGCAUGUUCCUCUACCGGGUACCGUGCGGGUCUGUAAAAAGCUUGGAAUUGACUAUGCGGAGGCUGUGACUGGGUUUGAGUUCGGGUCGAAAAUGGCAGUUCCUGUUAUUCAGGGUGUUGUUGUUGCUGCCGAGAAUGAGUCGUUGCUUCGGGAUGCGUGGCAGGUUGAGGCUGCUGAGAAGCGGAAGAGGGAGGAACUAAAGGCCGAGAAGAAGAUUCUGCAGACCUGGCGUAAGUUCUUGUUCGGACUAAGGAUUAUGGAGCGUGUGAGGGAUGAAUAUGGUGGUCGGGAUCCGAAUGCUGAUCGUGAGCGCGAUGCGCAUAAUCCAUUUGCUGUCCAGAAGAAGAAGAAGGAAGAUGAUGAGCCUCAAGGAGAGGAAGGUGAAGAUGAAGAGAUGGACGGUGCGGAGGCUUACAAUCCCGUUGAUCAUGGCGGUGGCUUUCUUCUGCCUGGUCAUGAAGACGACGCGGAUGAUGGGUUGAUUGUCGAGCACCACGAUCAGCAGCAGAGUCCUGCAGGCCCGUCUCAGAUGCAUCUGAACUCCGAUGCUGAGGAACUGGACUCGGGAUCCCCUACCGGAGAAUCACUGCCCAUAUCCAUUGCAUCGGAUUCGGGUGAAGAAGAUGACGAGGAUGAAAACGGAGACUCAGAACCUGAAUACGCACCUCGUCCAACGCGACGCAGGGCUCGGGGUCGCGGAUGA